UACUCGCGGACAGCUAAACGCGAACUCGCGGCCGUCCAGUGGGCGCUGCCGCUUGCGUGCCCUUUGAUCUGCGCGGCAUUUGUUCUCGUUCUCUCAAAGGUGACUGGCCGCAACGUGACUACCCUCCUCGGUCAUGGCUUCGGACGAACCAAAGGCUAAGAGAGCCAAAAUCUCAGAGAAAGAGGAGCCAGAGGCGCCGACCGAAACGACCCCUGCCGAACUAAGCCCUAAUUCGCUGUUUGGGAUGGGAAACCCUUUGUUGGACAUCUCGGCUGUGGUGGACAAGGACUUUUUGGACAAGUACAGUCUGAAGCCCAACGACCAGAUCCUGGCAGAGGACAAGCACAAAGCCCUCUUUGAAGAGCUAGUCAAGAAGUUCAAGGUUGAGUACCAUGCCGGAGGAGCGACGCAGAACUCCAUAAAGAUUGCUCAGUGGAUGAUCCAAGAGCCCCACAAGGUGGGCACAUUCUUCGGCUGCAUCGGUACCGACAAGUUUGGUGAGAUUCUGAAGCAGAAGGCGGAGGAAACUCACGUCGAUGCCCACUACUACGAGCAAAAUGAGGAGCCCACCGGCACCUGCGCCGCGUGCAUCACGGGAGACAACAGGUCUCUUGUUGCUAACCUAGCUGCUGCUAACUGCUAUAAAAAGAAAGAGCAUCUGGACCUUGAAGAGAACUGGAAGCUGGUGGAGAAAGCUAAAGUCUACUACAUCGCGGGUUUCUUCCUGACCGUCUCUUUGGAAUCCAUCCUCAAAGUUGCCAAGCACGCUUCGGAAAACAACAAACUGUUCUGCCUGAACCUCUCUGCGCCCUUCAUCUGCCAGCACUUCAUGAAGAACCUGAUGCAGGUUAUGCCCUACGUGGACGUACUGUUCGGCAAUGAGACGGAGGCAGUCACAUUCGGUAAGGAGAAAGGCUUCGAGAUGGAGGACGUGGAGGAGAUCGCCAAGAAGACGCAGACUCUGCCCAAGCACAACGAGAAAAGACACAGAGUUGUCGUCUUCACUCAGGGAAAGGGUGGCACAGUUAUGGCAAAAGAAGGCGGCAAAGUCGAGACUUUCCCUGUGCUGGAGAUCGACCAGAAGGACAUCGUUGACACAAAUGGUGCCGGCGACGCCUUUGUAGGAGGCUUCCUGUCGGAGCUGGUCCAGGAGAAGUCGUUGGACCGAUGUGUGAAGGCGGGACACUACGCUGCCAACGUCAUCAUCAGACGAGCCGGCUGCACCUUCCCCGAAAAACCAGACUUCAACUGAGGACCCCCAGCCCCCUUCUCCACACCCAGGCGACGUCCCUCCUCGGCCCAAAAGCUCAUUUCUUCCUCCUAACUUCUUCCUCCUCCACUCCUGCGUGAAUCUUAACUUGCGCUAUCACCCAACCGCUACCGAGAUCUUCCUCCAAAGCCUUUUCAUGUCUUCUUCAAAUCAACCAACCCGUCCAUUUUACCAUCCAGCACAUCUAUGCUACCACUUCUGUAUGUUUUUAUUCCCCCCCCCCCCUGCCAAGUCAGUCUGCCAUGACAUCUGGUGCCUCCGCCUGGGGCUGCUCCAAGAUCACGCACAACCCACAAGCCCCGGAGGCUGGCGAAAAAACAACGGAAACACGCUAACACCACGUGCUGUCAUAACAACACUUUAACCGAGCAAUCUGUUCGCAAGUACCGUUGUGGAAUAUUCCUAUUCGUGUCAGUUUGUUGAGGAUCAUUUCAAUCUGUUUGUACCGUUUGGCUCCGACACUGCCGGGACCAUGGUUCCACCGCCACCGAAUUGACUCCGAUGCCAGGACUGGUGUUUAAACGCUCGCACGAGUCUGUUGUUUCUUCACCGUGGCAGACUUAAAGCAGAGGAGAGGGAGGGAUUCAUGGAAGUGGGGGAUAUGUUGGAACAACGGAGUGGUCACCCAUCUUUUAUCUAUGGAUGAAAUAAUACUGCAGCAGGAAGUGCAGUGAUAAAUUGUAGUCGAAUUUUUAAAUUAUUUGUGAUUUUUUUUUUUUCCUUUAGUGAUAUGUCGUUCGGUUUUUUUUUUUUAAACAGGCCAGUUUUCAAACCAAUUUGAUUGAUUUUAAAGCACAUGUUUAAUUUGUGUCAGUGCCUCUGCAGACCCUGAUGGUCAGUAGACGUGUCGUCUUAUACUGAUUCAGUUCUCAGCAUAACUGUCCAUCUGGAAAUAACCGCCUUAAGCACUGAUGAGACCGCUGCUAGUUUCCUGCUUAUGUCAUUUGAAGGGAACUGUUUCUGGGAAGUUCUUCACGCAAGUGAUGUUUCCAAGUUCGAUGACUUGGUGUGCGGAGGCCUAGAUGGUUUGGAUGUGAUCGUCUUGAAAGUGUGUGUUGGGUGGUGGUAAUGCAGGAAAAACCUGCAAGCUAGGCCAGUGAUGGGCAACUGGUGGCUCGUGGCCUUAAAACAACUUAUCCGUCAGUAUCCGAGUGGCCAGAAUACAUGUAGCAAGUUUUACUUCUUGUAUUUAAAUCAAGUUGAAUCUCUGGCUCAGACAUGCUGUUGUGGGUCGAUCUAACCGCCUUUAACGUCUUUAAGCUUUGUCCUGCCUGUGUUUGUUGUGGCCUGUAGGAAUAAUACAAACUAUUAGGGGUGGGACGAUUCACAAAUCUCACGGUUCGAUACGUCUCACGAUUCAGGGCUCACGAUUUCGAUUCAGUAUGAUUUCAGGGCUCACGAUUUCGAUUCAGUACGAUUACAGAGCUCACGAUUUCAAUUCAGUAUGAUUACAGAGCUCAUGAUUUCAACUUGUUACGAUCUCAGAGCUCACGAUUUCGAGUCGGUACGAUUUCAGAGCUCAUGAUUUCAAUUCAGUGUGAUUUCAGAGCUCGCGAUUUCAAUUCAGUACGAUUUCAGAGCUCACGAUUUCGAUUCAGUAUGAUUUCAGAGCUCACGAUUUCAAUUCAGUACGAUUUCAGAGCUCACGAUUUCGAUUCAGUACGAUCUCAGAGCUCACGAUUUCGAUUCAGUACGAUUUCAGAGCUCACGAUUUCAAUUGCCUUGAUAAGCAAGAGACCAGACACCAUCGCAGGUUGUUAGAUUAGCAACGUGUGUUUUCCGUUUUGUUUUUCUGGUGUCAUUUCCAACGUGUCUGGGUACAGCCGCCAUUUCAGACGCACCAUGACUACCACCGAGGCAUUGCAGUGUUUACAGGUGUUGGACAGCGGCCAUUUUAAACUGUUUAAAAAAUAGUAUUGUAACGAUCAUGGAGGCGUAGACUCGCUAGCCCAUCAGCUAACAGGGUGGGACCCUUUAGUCGACUGGUUAGCGCAGUCGCCCGUGGUGCGGGAGACCCGGAUUCAUGUCCCGGCUGCGGCGGUUCCCGGCUGCCCCCAAUUCGCUACAGUAUUGAAGUUGUUAAAAUUUAAAUUUUGGUGUCAGUCGUUUCCUACCAGACAUACUAACAUAUGUAAUGCAUUAAUAUCUCAAAUGGGUAUUUAUCUUGACAGAAUAUAGAGUUUAAAAAAUGGCGGUCAUUUUGACCACCCAUGGUCAUUUCAGGUAGGAUUGAAAUCCCGGUCAUUCUAGUGUUAAUAACACACGAUCUCGCGAAGUGGGGAGGGUCUCGAACCGUGAAGACCGUAUCGAAGGAUUCGGAAUUCGAUCCAGUAUCGUCCCACCCCUACAAACUAUACCAGCUUGUGGACACAACCCAAAACUUCCAUUUCCAAAGCAGUCAAGAGAACCAUGUAGUCUGAGCCUUCGUGCUCAUGGACCUCAAAGUCUGAAGACAUUUUAGUCAGAAUACUGCCUUCUCAUUACGCAGCUACCACACAUCCCAGACUGAUCAUUUAGGUUUAUUCCCAUUUCCUACAGGUGAAAACAAACAUCUUUUCAGUUUCAAACAUUUUACUCUUCAUACCUGCCUAUAUUUGUGUAAUACUAUACACAACACUGUCAAUACUAUUCUAACAUGUAGCAUCACUGUCACCGUGCCAGAACAAGUUCUCCACAGCCAUGUAGAUCUUUUGGUAUUCUGAUCCCAAACACCUCAUGGCAAGAAAUAUCUGCCGUUGUUAUUUAGUGCAAUGUGUGUGAUAGAAAUGCUUUACCUCAAAGAUGUUGUAAAACACUGAAAUAUGUGGAUAUCAGAUGUGUGCUUAUUGAUCUAUAAGGUUAUUACACUUGAAGCCCCCCUCUACCGUUGUUUCCAAAAGCUCCAUCCAAGUUGCCCAUCCCUGAGCUAGUCCAUGUUUGCCUAAUGACUAACGCCGAUAUUGAAAUGAAAUUAAAAUGAC